AUGCUUUCGUUUUUGGUGCAAGUCGCGACGCUUGCUUCGUUAGCUACUCUAUCUCUCGCAGAUGACGCUCCAGUGAAUGACUUGGAGGCAUACAAUAAGGGCUUCCUCGGUCAAUUUCCCUCACAGGAAUUCAAGUCCUCGGACGUAGUAGCCCCUGUCUUCCAAAUCAGUACCUUCAACCCCAAUCUUGUCGAUGAUUCAGGGUUUCUCUUCUUGACAAUGGAACACGGCGACAAAUCAGGGCCUGCCAUCUUCUCCAGCAAAGAUCUCAGCCUCGUAUAUGCUGACAUCUCAUACGCCAAAACAUUUGAUGCUCGUGCUCAAGUGAAGAGCGGAGGCAAGUAUCUCACUUUCAUUGAGGGCGGUCGCUGUCAUGCCUUUGAUGCCAACUACCAGAAGAAAUGGACAGUCGAGAUCGAGAACCUAGGGCCUACACAGGGCAGUAUCCAUGAGUUCGAGAUCACAACUCAGGGGGGCACAGCUCUGAUGACCGCUGUCCAGGAUGUCAGAUACAACUUGACUGCUCUUGGGGGUGAAAUGGAUGGUUGGCUAAGCGAUUCCAUCUUUCAAGAAGUCGAGCUCGAAACCAACAGGGUUACCAACGUGUGGAGAUCCUUCACACAUGUCAACCUGACCGACACCAUGGUCAAAUACAGUCCCAAAAAGACGUUCAUGCAUGGUGAUGGUUUCGACUGGUUUCACAUAGACAGUGUGUCGAAGACCUCGAAAGGUCAUUACCUGGUUUCAUCAAGGAGUCUUUCGGCAAUCAUCCUCCUCCAGGCGGAUAGCCUGAACCCACGAUGGGUCCUCGGAGGAAAGCGCAACCAAUUCAAGGACCUCAGUGGCGGCAAUGCAACCAACUUCGCAAAUCAAUAUGACGCAAAGUUUGUCCAGGGCAAUGAGAGUCAAAUCAGUUUCUUCGACAACCAAGCCACCACAAGCGGAUCAUGUAGCGGAGAAAAUUGUUCUCGUGGUGUUGUUGUGGAACUUGACUAUGAGGAAAUGACAGUCAGGCUUUUACAUGAAUUUUAUCAUCCUCGGGAGAUCUCCUCGGGUUCAGGGGGCAGCGUCCAGGGCCUUGACAAUGGCAACUUCCUUGUCGGCUGGGGAGCGAACCCAGCGAUUACAGAGCAUACAUCCAAUGGUACAGUUGUCAUGGAUAUUCAGCGAGGAGUUAUCCCACAUGAAACUAACGGUGACCCCGAUCUUGAUAUAUCUGUGUAUCGCGCGUGGAAGAUGGAAUGGAUUGGCCGACCUCCAUGGGGUCCUUCCAUCGCUUCCGCGCUUCCAGGGAAUGAGGCGACAAACGCUACCAUCUAUGUGUCCUGGAACGGCGAUACUCAGGUUGACCAAUGGGAAGUGUACGUUGGUGAAGAUGACAAGAAUGCCACUUCUUCUCCGAGACUUCUCGCAAAUUCAUCUCGAUUUGGCUUUGAAACAGAAAUCCUCCUGGAAACAUUGCCACUUCCUAGAUCCGCACGGGCUGUCGGUUCUCUCAUAGAUCUUCAAGGCUCACGAAAUGUCUGUGCCUAUACGCCGGGUGCCCUUUCUGGUGCAUCCAAGACAGAGGAUCAACAACAAGACAAAACUGCAAAGAAAGGCGAACAAGAGAGUGGUGAAAAUACUGUGGAGAAGGAACUUGGGCCCUUGGCUCGACGGUUGGAAGAAGCCACAGAGGAAGCCCUCUUUACCGGUGGAAGAGCCGGACGUCGGGCCGUUGAGGAUGCCGGUUUCUCGGAAGAGCUUAAGGAAAGACUGUUGAACAAAAUUGCAGAUGCAAAUUUUAAAUCUGAAAAUGCCAGCGCCUUUGCCGAGGCCAGUCUCUCGUCAACGGCAGGCGAGGGGACACGGCAUAUCGCUUCAGCGCAGGCGUGGACAGGAGAAGAGAGCACUGCAGAUACGGUACUUCGAAUGCUCGAUGAUGCAAAGAAACCUCUCGCUCCAGGCCUAAGGGGCAAGUUUCAACCCCCUCCGGUUGAUAUGCGACUACAGAAGCAACCGAGGCGAUCAGCUGGAGAGAAAGUAGCCAAAGCGAGGGACAAGGUGAACACCUAUGUCGGAAUGGGUGGUCAACAAGCCAAAAAUGGUAUGAGUGAAGAUGAAAAAGAGGCUUGGAGAAAAGAGUUGAGGGAGAGGUUUGAGCCUGGAGCCCGAGCGUUACCAAACUCUAUCACGGGUCUUGCAGCACUGGCGAAUGAACGCAUCGAGAACGCUAUUGCGAGAGGACAGUUCAAGAAUAUUCCCCGCGGAAAGGGAGUUGAGCGUGAUGCUCGCGCCGAUAACCCCUUUAUCGAUACGACGGAGUAUAUCAUGAACAAAAUGAUUCAAAGACAGGACAUCGUUCCACCCUGGAUAGAGAAGCAGCAGGAACUUGCCAAGCAGCUCGGUAUUUUUAGAGCUCGACUCCGAAACGACUGGCGACGCUUUGCAGCAAGGAUGAUCGCUUCACGGGGAGGAUCAUUGCAGGAGCAGAUUCGAAGAGCAGAAGAAUACGCUGCAGCGGAAGAGGUGCAUAACCCAAUUAUACGAAAGAAAACCGAUGGCCAAGUGGAAGAGAUUAAAGCUGCCUCGCCGGUUGUUGGAAGGCCGUUUCGAGAUUCAGCGUGGGAGCAAACUGAAGCGGCAUAUCACAAGCUGUCGAUUGAGCGUCUUAAUGCCCUGACACGAAGCUAUAACUUGAUGGCACCGGAUCUAGCAAAGAAGCCGUACUUUUCACUUGAGCGAGAACUCAAGGCGUGCUUUGCUGAAGUUGCGCCUACAGUGGCUCGAGAGAUUCAGGAGCGUGCAACGGGUGGAACGGCGAGGAGUUUGGGAGGAGGGGGUCAAGCGGGCAAACAGACGGGUUUGCUAGAGACAUUGACUGGAGGUGACGAUGUCAAGGUUCAUGUUGAAGCACAGGAGAAAGCAUAUGGGCUGAAGGAGUGGUGGAGAGACGUGUGGAAGAAGAAUUGA